CUCUCUAAGCCUUGUUGUCCGGUUGCCUCCAACUCACUCAGCCAAACUCUGUUUCCCCACAGCUAAGACGCUAAACAAGGGAAAAAGAAAUAAGAGAAACGGAAAAAAAAUAUGAAAUCUGAAGAUCAGAAAAAAUAAAAAAAUUUACAGCACGCAAAGACCUCGUGGGGACCAUCCUCGUUGCCAAAUCAUAAAAGAUCCACGCUUUCCUCCUGCUCUGACCUCCUUUUCUUCUCCUCUCGCUUCUUCCGUCCAGCCUACCUGUCGAUUCUCAACAACGCCUGCCUCCUCUCUUGACGCUUUCUUCUCCCGCAAAUCCCUCAACGCACCGGUCUCUUGGCCCUCCAGCCGGUCGAAUCACAGGCCGCAGCCACUGCCACACCCCAGGACCUGGAGAGACGGCCGGAAGUUUUAGAAAAAGAGAAAACUAUAAAUAAAAAAGCAUAGAACGGCAAAGGACGAAAGAGCAAAGGACAGCUCCUGCACCCGUCUUUCUUUCCUCAUGCUACCUCUGGUCUGACUCUGGUCUCACUCGUCUGCUGUCCGCUGUUGGGUUUCUCUCCCACUGUGGCCGUCAAAAUGUUGUCUGCUCCGAUGAAAUCAGCAAAGCGCAUAUCUUCCCUUUUCUCCUUGGGGUCGAAGGAUCACCAUUCCUCACAACAACAGCCUCCACAUCUGGCGAGACCCCCGCCAGACCAAGCGCCGGCGGAACAAUCCCCUGGCAUCCAACCUCGCCAUGUUAGCAGCCCUGCUUUUCGAACCAGUCCUAUUGAUCCCACCAGGGCCGGAUCGGUGACUCCCGGUUCGAUCGACCACUUCGAUCUGGACAGCCCUCUUCCACCUCCCCCAUCGCUGCUGGAAGUCAACCAGGACCUGGCAAACUCGACCCCGGGCUCUCCAGAUUCCAGACCCCGCAGCAGAAGUCGCGCUCAAAGUGGGAGUCGACCAUCUAGCCCAGGAGGCUUGUCUGUGCGCGAUCAAUCGCGACCCGGGACACCUAACUCCCAUAGGCGGAAAAGCUGGAUGCCGGGCUGGUCACGACCUGGCUCGAUGGAUAUCAAACCCGCUUCACCGACACUUGCCACCGGCGCGCCCGCUGCAUGGAUUGCGGGACUAGAACAGAAAGUGGUGUACGAUCUGGAUCCAUUGUCAAGAGGUGAACAGAUUCCCGAGUUGUGGAAUGAGAAUGGCGACACUUUUGUUUACCUAUUCCCCGAAAGCACGGGCCGGUCGCCCUCUUUCAAGGUGGACUCUUCCAUCUUUGCCUCAUCCCCAACGUUGACAUAUCUGGCCCGCGGAACGGAUACCAGAGUCGACAAUCUGGAGCAACAGACGCGCACCAUUUCGCUUGGCAGCCAGGCUGCCACUCCAGUUUCCCCUUCGCCGGACCACCUUCCGGAUAAUGACUUCGACAGUACCGCCAGUGGGCGAAUGCACCUGGUUGAGGAGGGACUUGAUGAAUUUCAGGAGCUUCAUCUGUAUCUGCCGAUUCCAUUCCGCGGCGACGUCUCCCGCCCGCAGUUCAGGGCCGCGCAGGAGGACCUGGAGGCGCUGGUGUCAUACCGUAAUCUUUUUGCUUUUUUGGUGGGUCAGUCGCUGAUUGCGACUCCACGAUCACCAUCGCUCUUUUCUAUUUUCAUGGAUAUCGCGGGACUCCUUACUCGAUUCGAAUUUUCGAACCUCGAUGGCUCCAAUUUUGGAGAGACCGCAACCACCAGCUUUGGAAACUACUGCGACGAGUUGCGGUUGGAUGACGUUCGGAACAGCCGAGAGAAGACAAUUGAAGCCAUAAUCUUGGGGGAGCGCUUACGCUUCUACCCUCUCUAUCUCGAGGGAUUUGUCCACGCCGUCGGGAGAUUUGAGGAGAUCCGGCAGCUGCGGAGCCCUAAGUACUCCCUCAUCCACCCCACCACCCAAAAGCGAUUGGAGCGCGGUUAUAUAGAUCUGGACAAUCGUCUCCGGGUUCUCUACAGCAAGCUGGAAGAUUUUGACUUCCCGUCCAUCUUCUCCGGAGCUGCUAACUCGACCACUUCGGAAGAGAGUAAAGUCGUGCGGUUCAAGGCGUGGAAGGCUGCCUUUUUGGAAUUCAGGAAGUUCACCGUGCAUUACUACCGCCAGAAAUACGGCUCUUGGCCUCCCAAGGCCAGCUCGAAGAAGAACAACUUCCAAGAAAGUGGUCUCAAUCGACUACUUCUGCUAGACCUGUACAAUGAUUUUGCUGACUUGUACGAUCUGUUGGUGGAUCGAACUGCGCUUACGACGAGAACGGUGGACUCCGCUGGGGAUACAUCGGCCACGUCUGACCCAGUAGAGAUCCACAUUCGGGCGCUUCGACAAGUGAUGAGCGAGUACGACCGGAGUACGCCGCCUGUGCAGCCCCCGAUCCCCUUCGAUGUUCCUCAAUUACCGAAACUGUCUGCCCUGUACCGUGAGUCACUAGAUCCCAAGAAGGAGCCAAAGCAGAGGAUAAAGAAGCUCAAAGACUCGGACAUCAAUACUGUUCUUAUGUCGACAUACACGUGGGAAGGCGUCCAAGCCACGUCGUUCAUCGAAAAUUUCAUGCAGUUCGAACGCCGCCAGGCGCACCGAAAGUCCCUUGAUGAAUUAAUCGAUCUUCGAUGUGGCCAGUGGAUUUUCUUGUAUGCCGUGAUCCAGUCUCUCCCUCUUCUUGUGGUGGACGUUUGUGACAUGAAAUACACUGAGGGGGUAGAAUAUUUCCUCUGCAUCGCCCCCCGCGGCGGUGCGCCAUGGAUCCACUCAGACGGCAAGGUUGCACGGAGCUGGUUUGGUGUUGCCGGGGGAGGUGGAGUCGUCAGCAUGCCUUCGGACGUUGUGGUAAACGGUGUUGAAGGCGUCUAUCGACGCAGCCACUGCUGGCAGGUGGCUGAGCAAUGGGCCGACAAUGGGGAACUGCCGGAGAUACCGCCGAUAGAAGAUGGUUACGACAAUGAGUCUUCCUGGUCGUCGGCCUACCCGGCUCAGCAGUCAUCUGCUGGCUCAUCGUCGGAACCAACAUCUGCCGGUCUGGUACCUCCUGGAGGGCUUACAGCGCCUCCGGCCAUUCCACGAAACGUUUCUCCCGGUGCAAGUGCGAGGGCUGAAAAUCGCUAUUCCAUAUAUAACGGACUGGAGGCUUUACCUCUACCUGCGGGUGUGGCACCAAUUGAACCUCCAGCACGACCCGUCAGUCGCUUAAAUCCUAACAUGAGCUUUGACGAUAUUCUGAAAGACAUUCCCCAGAAGCCAAAGAAAUGAGACUCGGAUAAUACGGCUUUGACCGAGAACCUUCCUGCUUUAAGUGUUCUCUGACAUACUCUAAUCCCCUCUUAUUCUAAACUCUGGCAUCACCGUUUAAUAUAUUUAAUUUUCCCCGUCCUUCUCUCUCUCUUUUUUUUUUUUUUUUUUUUUUUUUUUUCCGUUUCAUUGUUUAUCUAGGUGUCUAUUGGCGCUAUUAUUCAACGGACUUCCGAAAAGAACUAUUGGGACUCAAGAUAAUGACAUCUCUCCCGAAAAUGCGGCCGACCCAACAACACAAAAUGGAGGCACAUCUUUGUCGAGCAUGCAUGGAGGGAAGAAAACAUGACAGCAGGGCGCUUAGUUUGAGGUUCCUUUGCUUCUCUUGGGCGACUGGUAUUUUUUACAUAUGCGUAUCACAGCACUUGUUGGGGGGGUUUACAUGCCAAAGCAUAAGAAAGGAUGUUUUAUAAUCAUGUAUACGGUACAUACUGUACAGAGCAGAAGGAUAGCAAGAGGAAAUCAAUAUUGUAUAAUGCAGCAAAGUUACAACCGUG